AUGGGGGAUAAUCUCGUCAAGGAGGAGCCACGGAAUCCUGUCAAUUGGGGGAGGAGGACCUACGGUCAAACAUUCACCACUACUCUGUCAACUCUCAGAAGACACCAAGACUCAAGAAUAGCUAGGAUCCUGGAUGGCAAAGACGCAGAUUUUAAAGUUAUCAGUGGACAAGUUUUUGUAGAUAGAGAUGGGACUUUCUUUAAAUACAUCCUGGAUUAUAUGAGGACAGGUCAAAUCACCUUGCCAGCAGAAUUCUCUGACUACAAUGGCUUGGCUCAAGAAGCACAGUUCUAUGGUUUGCAUCCUUUGGCACUUUGGGUUGAGAGGAACAGCCAUCGAUCCAGAGUUGAGGUUCUAGAGUUGCGCUUCUCUGUCCAGGAAACUCACGGAUUCUUCCAAAUAUUCUGCUCCAACAACAAAACUCUGGAGGCUUUGGCGAGAAGGAUAUCCAUUUUUGUGGAACAUCCAAAUCUGAAUGGGAAUUUCCCACACCUGCCUCAGAACUCCAGCACACCUCAUCCUGUACCGGUCCAGAGACCCUCUCACCACAACAUGGUGUUCCACUGUGGGACUGACCAACUAGCCAGGGAUGACUUCUCUGCCAGGUUUGUAACUAUUGAGCCGGAUGACAGAAAGCUUCUCAACAGCACCAACGUCCUGGGCCUGCUGGUAGACACCCUUCUGAAGGAUGGGUUUCGCCUGAUCGACACAAGGACAGUUUCCCAAGAGGAGAAGACUGAAUGCUACAUGUUUGAAAGGAGCAGAAAUACCCAGAUCGUUGUACUGAGUGAAACCCCCAGGGCAGAACAUCUCAGAAGACAGGACACACAGAGCCAGCUUGGUGAAGGAAAGAAAAAGUGAAAAGUGUCAGGGUGCAUCUCAAAAGUCUGAAGUGGUUCCCUUUCCAUGUCCAGUUCUGUAAUAUCAGUGGACUUCAGACUAUUGAGAUGGAUCCAUUCUCUGCGAGUCAGACUGGAUUGACCAGCAGAUGGCGACA